AGUUAUAACCUAACAGCGUCUCCCUCCCACAAAGUUCGUCGCCCAGUUUCUUCAUCAACUCAGCGGCUCGUGUCUCCUUUCUUCUCUGCUUAAGGAACUUGAAAAAGAAAAGUAGGAGAAAGCUAUGGCGUACGCACCACCGAUGAAGCAAGGAAAGACAGGAUUUGAGGAGCCACAAGAGCAGAUUCACAAGAUUAGAAUCACUCUCUCCUCCAAGAACGUCAAAAACCUUGAAAAGGUGUGCACUGACUUGGUUCGUGGAGCUAAAGACAAGAGAUUGAGAGUUAAAGGACCAGUGAGGAUGCCAACUAAAGUUCUCAAGAUUACCACAAGAAAAGCUCCUUGUGGUGAAGGAACCAACACAUGGGACAGGUUCGAGCUGCGUGUACACAAGCGUGUGAUUGAUCUCUUUAGCUCUCCUGAUGUGGUGAAGCAGAUCACUUCCAUCACCAUUGAGCCUGGUGUUGAGGUCGAGGUCACCAUUGCUGAUUCUUAGAUGCAUGUGGUUUUAUUUUACAAAUUGUCUUUGAAUUCCCAACGACAUCUCUCCUUUUUGCUAUAAGGUUUCAGACUCGGGUGUUUCCUUCCUAAAUAUGUUGUUAUUGCAAUUUUAAUUUUGUUGAAACAUCUUAUUUUGGUAGUCUUUUUAUAAUUUUUGCUAAAGCAUUUGGUCUUUAUACUACUUAAACACUUAAAAUACAACUUGGAUUUAUUCACU